AUGACGCUCAAUGACGUGGUUGUGGACCGAGGACCUUCCUCCUAUCUUUCCAACAUGGACUUGUAUCUGGAUGGGAGACUGAUUACCUCCGUGCAGGGAGAUGAUGUUUUCCUGGUGUUGUGCAGCUGUGAUCGUGUCGACGCCGCUACGACGGGAGCUUCCAUGAUCCAUCCCAAUGUUCCAGCCAUCAUAGUGACUCCCAUCUGCCCACACUCCUUCUCAUUCCAACCCAUCGGCGUGCCUGCUGGAGUGGAGGUCAUUAUAAUGUUAUCUCUGGAUGCCAGAAACACAGCAUGGGUGUCUUUUGAUGGCAGGAAGAGACCAGCAUUGUGA